AGGGAAGCAGUUUGACUCUGUCAUGUAGUGCAUCUGGAACUCCUCCACCAAUGGUGUCUUGGAUUAAAGUUGACAGUCAUGUGCGUUUUAACAGAAGUGACCUGGUGCUCACAAAUAUUAACAGAAGUGAUGCUGGAGAAUACAGGUGUGAAGCCAGCAAUGAGUGUGGCAAUGCAUCAGAGACGGCAACAAUUGAAGUGCAGUUCCCACCAGAGAAUGUGCAGUUCGAGAUAUCUGCCGCUAACAAUAAAGCAUGUAAAGGUGAAACUAUCAGCAUUAACUGCUCAGCUGAUGCUGUUCCAUCUGAGAUUUCAUAUCAGCUGUUGGAGAAUGGCUCUGUGGUAUCAGCAGACACAUCAGGAAUGUGGAGCAGGACAUUAUCAAGUGGAGGAGUGUUCAUCUACAAAUGUGUGGCCAAUAACUCUUUACGAGCAACAUAUAGUGGAAGUGUUACUGUUACUGUUAAUGGUAAGUAAAAAUUGCUAUCUUGU